GUUUUGAAGAAAAGUAUUUUCCAAGUUUUUCGAUUAAAGAUUAAUUUUGCGAAAACAUUAUUGAAAAAAUAGUGGUCUCUCACAAAUAUUGAUAAAAUACGUGUUAAACAAUUAAACAUGGACUACAACUCCCUGUGGUGUGUAUAUGGCAGAACUAUUCCGUGAUCAAAUAAACACCUUAGCUGUCAAAUUGACGCGUAUUUAAUAUGUCUUUUAAGGCCGACGCCUUACAGCUUUUGAAGCCUUAUUAUUUAGUUAAUAUUAUUCUCAGCUUAUCUUAUAUAACGCUGAAACGAACUCCAGGUAUAUGUAAUUAUCUUUUUAAUUCUGAUACCUGCGAAUUCGAUGGGCGAGAAACGGAAAUUUUGUUCUUUUUGCUCAUAGUCGUGAUGAUUCGAACGAGAAAAUCUGGCAGUGUGACCAUGAUAAGCUACUUGUCUUCCAGUUUUAUAUACAUAAAAUUGGCUAACCUCAUUCUGUGGUUCAAUGCUGAUUACCUGAUGGGCAUCAUUUAUGGAAUUGUAUUUAUAUUGGGAGCGCUUCUCGUUCCUGAACCGACCUAUUCGGGGCCGACAAAUGUUUUAUACUUCAGAGGUGAACAAAGUCUGACUGAAGAGAUAGCAAAAGACAAAACUAUUUGGCUUGUUGCAUUCUACACGGCAUGGAAUCCUGUUUGCGUAAAUUUCGCCCCUGUAUUUUCCAAGCUGAGUAUGGAUUAUAGCCUAGAUAACUUGAAAUUUGGUAAAAUUGACAUUGGGAGAUAUCUCGAAGCUGGCAAAAAGUAUCGUGUCAGCGACAGUAGCAUGAGCCAGCAGCUGCCAACAGUUAUACUUUUUGAAAAUGGUAAAGAGGUGAUAAGAAGACCAACUUUUGAUAGCAAGGGAAAACUGACAAAGUUUAUAUUUUCUGAGGAGAAUAUGAAAGUGGCUUUUGGUUUGAACAAUUUUUAUGAGAAAGCAAAAAGGGACUUAAAAGACGGCAACACUAACAAAAAAAGCAAUUGAUUCCUGUAAUUAAAGAUAGCACAUAUUUUUUUGAAAAUGCUUUCUUAACAGCUAUUCAGUUCGUAAUUAUCAACCUUCAUGAAAGGAUUGAUGCUAAAUGGAAAUAAGCAUGUGAUUCUGAAACAAAAAGAUAUAUUAGCCAUUCUAUGUGUUCAGCAGAAUAUUUAUUUACUAAGUUCUAUGUAAAUUGUUUUCUUUAGUUAUGAGCUGUGAAAAGUUGUAAAAUAAACAAAAACAUAUGGGAAC